CUCAGAUUCUUCGGUUAACUGUCACCCUCCCCCACUCCCCCUUGCCACACAUACCAAAGCCUGCCAGGACUGGGGCACUCCACAGGAACCACACCUACCAGGUAUCCUUGUACCCUGGCUCAUGGACCCCCUGCAGCAAUCCCCCUCCCCCUGCACCUCCCGGCCCUCCAGCCCUAAGACCCCACCAUGCGAAAUGCUUGGUCUGGUGGGCAUUGAGGCUGUGCUGGACCAGCUGAAGAUCAAGGCCAUGAAGAUGGGGUUUGAGUUCAACAUAAUGGUGGUGGGGCAAAGCGGGCUCGGCAAGUCCACCAUGGUGAACACGCUAUUCAGGUCCAAAAUAUGGAAAACUUCCCUGCCGGGCUUAGGCGUGACUACACCCCAGACACUGCAGCUACAUUCAGUGACUCACGUCAUCGAGGAGAAGGGUGUGAAGCUGAAGCUGACAGUGAUUGACACGCCUGGCUUUGGGGACCAGAUCAACAAUGAUAAGUGCUGGGACCCAAUCCUGAGCUACAUCAACACGCAGUACGAGCGGUACCUGCAGGAGGAGCUGCUCAUCACCCGCCAGCGCCACAUCCCGGACACGCGUGUACACUGCUGCAUUUACUUCGUGCCACCCACUGGGCACUGCCUGCGGCCCCUGGACGUGGAGUUCCUGCAGCGGCUGUGCCGGACGGUGAAUGUCGUCCCUGUGAUCGCCCGGGCUGACAGCCUGACCAUUGAUGAGCGAGAGGCCUUCAGGAGCAGGAUCCAACAGAACAUGAAGAGUCACUGCAUUGACGUGUACCCUCAGAAGUGCUUUGACGAGGACAUCAAUGAUAGGAUCCUCAACAGCAAGAUCCGGGACCGAAUCCCCUUUGCUGUGGUUGGCGCUGACCGAGAACAUCUGGUAAACGGGAAGUGUGUCCUGGGCAGGAAGACCAAGUGGGGCAUCAUUGAAGUGGAGAACAUGGCGCACUGCGAGUUUCCUCUGCUGAGAGAUCUGCUUAUCCGCUCCCACCUCCAAGACCUGAAGGACAUCACCCACAACGUCCACUACGAAAAUUACCGUGUCAUCAGACUCAAUGAGAGCCACCUGCUGCCCCGUGGGCCCGGCUGGGUGAACCUGGCCCCAGCCUCUGUGGGCCAGCUGUCCAGUCCCGGGCCCUCAAAGGUCUGCAGAACAGCCCGGGACAAUUCAGACGAUGAAUUCUGAGCUCCCCUAGCACAUACCUGCAGGCCAGAUCAUCCAACAAAAGUAAAUAUUACUUUUUAUGAGACACUGGGCUUGAAACAAAAGUGCUUUGUAGAUGAUUUCUCUGCUACCCUCUAAUAAAAGUGUGGUUCCUUUUCAA